AUGCCUUCACUACCGCCGCCCAGGGCCGCCCUCCGCGCAGGGAGAACGACCACGGCCCUCUUUCUGCGCCCCCAAUCGCAUCUUUCCUUCUCGACAUCCUCGCGCACUCUUCUUCCCGCCAGCUUCUCCGGCAACAGUGGCAGCUUCGGCGGUCCCCUACCCUCGUACUUCCAGAAACCUCGGUUGCCUGCCAACACCAUUAUACGAUUUGUGCCACAGCAGACGGCAUGGAUCGUCGAGCGAAUGGGAAGAUUCAGCCGCAUCUUGGAGCCCGGAUUGGCGAUUCUAGCUCCGGUGAUUGAUCGGAUUGCAUAUGUCAAGAGUCUGAAGGAAGUGGCCAUUGAGAUUCCGAGCCAGAGUGCGAUUACGGCCGACAACGUAACAUUAGAUCUAGACGGUGUUCUGUAUACGCGAGUGUUUGAUGCGUACAAGGCUAGUUACGGAGUUGAAGAUGCCGAAUAUGCCAUUUCCCAGCUCGCCCAGACCACGAUGCGAUCAGAAAUCGGCCAGCUCUCUCUCGACCAUGUCCUCAAGGAGCGUGCCGCGCUAAACACCAACAUCACCGCUGCUAUCAACGAAGCGGCUCAAGCAUGGGGAGUUACGUGCCUGCGUUAUGAAAUCCGAGAUAUUCACGCCCCUGGCGCCGUCGUGGAGGCCAUGCACCGCCAGGUUACCGCCGAGCGUUCCAAGCGUGCCGAGAUUCUCGAGUCCGAAGGUCAGCGUCAGAGUGCCAUCAACAUUGCCGAGGGUCGGAAGCAGAGUGUCAUUCUCGCAUCAGAGGCUAUGCGUGCCGAGCGCAUCAACGAGGCCGAUGGUGAAGCCGAAGCUAUCCUGCUCAAAGCCCGAGCAACUGCCGAGGGUAUUGACGCCGUGGCUGCAAGCAUCCUCAAGGGUGCCCACGGAGCCCAGGGUGCUAUGAGUCUGACAGUGGCCGAGAAGUACGUCGACGCCUUCGGCAAGCUUGCCAAGGAGGGCACGGCCGUAGUUGUUCCUGGAAACGUUGGCGACAUUAGCGGCAUGAUUGCCACCGGUCUCAACGUGUACGGCAAAGUCAGCGAAGCUCAGGCAAAGGUCCUGGCUAAGCAGCUCGCCUCGCCCUCUUCCAGCAGCGAAACAGAAAGUGCUACUCCAUCUGCAGAGACGCCAACAGAAGAAUUUGCCCAAGAGAACAAGGGAGAUCUCAAGGACAAGGUAUUGGAGAGCUUUAACCAAGUUGCAGGGAAGAAAUAAAGAGAAGAAAAAAACACAAGAAAAAAAAAAGUUGUAUAACCAAUAGGCGCCACGCCACCCAUAUAUAAAGAAAAAGCACAACAGAUCUUUUGAAGAGUGACACAUUAAGGCUGGAUAAGGGGCCACAGGAUUACCUUAUGAACAUUGCAAAAGGCAGGCCAUAUCUAGGGCAUGGAAGGUGUUGUUGGCUCGUAUCAUUAAUUG